AUGCAACGGAGAAAGCAAUAUCUGGAAGCCGAGGACUUCUACAAAGGCAAGCAAUCGGUCCCCUUUCCCAAUAUACUGUUGGAUACCAAGUUGGCCGCAGUCCCGGUCGUCGUCGCUUUCGCACCGAUCAAAGUCAUUGCGGCCGGGGGGUUUUUCGCCGUGGCGCAUCUGAAGAACCGACAAACCACGAAGGAUCUGGACUAUCUGCUGGAGCCGGACUGGGCGGGUGACGACGAUAUCAAGCGAUCGCUUCGCAAGGCCAUCGUGCAAGUGGCGGACGAGCUCGGCUAUCCACAAAACUGGGCCAAUGAAGAUGUCGCACUCUUCGUCACGAAGCAAGCGAGGCACUUGCUAAUGGAGCUUGCCUUGAAACAGAAUAUCGUCCUGUGGUCCGGGAACCAUAUCACCGUUCUCUCCGCACCGGUUGAAUGGGCAUUGGAAAGGAAAUUGCGGCGUAUUUACGCGGCGGACCGUGGUCGCAAGGCCGAGCUUGAUUUGUCUGAUGCACUGGCUAUGCUGAAGCUUCUCAAGGACACUAAGGGAGGGAAGCUUGACAUGGAAUAUUACCGCACAUUGAACAUCAACGGCUUUGACGUGGUCCCGAAUAUUGAGACGAUGAAACGGAUAUCGGCCGCUUACAAGGCAAAAUACAAAGAGGAUGUCUUCCUCUGA